AUGGUAUACACGAGCCUUUUCUAUCGCGACUCCUCCGCCAGCCCCAGAAAUGUCUUCUUCUCCGGAGACCGCUUGGCGUUUGUCGCGCGACAAGGCAAAACCACAUGGAUCAGCAACCGCGAGUCGCAUGCUGCACACUACAUGGACAAGCGGGCCAGUGCGGUCAUGAUGGCGUACCUGCUAUUGUGCAAGCCGCUGGAGGAGCUGUUUGCUGAUUACUUGCAAGAUCGAGACGAAUUGAUCACGUCUGAGGCAAUAGAUCCCAAUUCCCUGACGGAAGAAGAGCAAGAUGAGCUCGAGGCCGACGCGAUGGAGGUCGAAGAUUCAAUCGAGCCAGACACUGUUGGCUCUGUUGACGACCAGCACGACGAUCUACGAGCGGCCAAGCGUGUCGCACAGGAGGGCACGUAUGAGCUGCUGUUCAACAUUGCGCCAAUGCAGCUCGAAAAGCAGCUUCGGCCAGGCCAAGUCUACCGAACCAUCCAGGCCGUGACCAAGCGGUUUCUUGGAACCAGCAUCACUGUCAGCGCAUGGCGGCACAUGAGUGUGGCUUGGCUGCGUACACUGGUGUUGCAUCAUACGCCCGAGCCUUCAUUGGGGGCGUUGAAUGUGGCACACUCUCAAAGCCAGCAUGCAGGCAGAACGGCACGCAACGUCUAUGGCCGCACGCAGCUCGAUCACAAGUUUGUGUCCAGUGAAGCACAGUACGGCCAUCAGUUUGUGUCUGAAGAAUGGCACAAGCUCAUGAAGCUGGUAGAUGUAGAGGAUCAGAUCCAAGCCGAGGCCGUGGAUGGGCAGACCUGCGUGCAACAAGUGGCUCAUAAACAAGUGGUCAUCCAGUCGUCUCGGGUCAGAAACGUCAGCACGCAGGUGCAAGUGACCGUGGGCACGCAAACAGAUCCCGAGGUUGAAGCCUGCCUUGACGCUGAGGACGACAUUGAUGAUAUCAUUGCCGGGUUGGAUUUAGAUGAAGCCGAGGCAGCCGAAUCGUCCAUGCCAGUUGCCGUGCCGCGAGCCGUGGAAGAGGCUGCGUCGACGGCCUUGCAGCAAGAGCCAAGCCAGCACAAUGACCAAACGCAGCAACAAGAGUAUGAAGAUCAGCUUUGGCUUGCUCAAUGUGUGCGGCAAGCGUGGAAGACAACAUUUCGCGACUGGGAUCAGUAUCGAUUGGCACAGGCUGUGACUCGGCACGAAGCCCAGGACGGCUGGCUGUUGGCCGUGGCCCCGACGGGCAUGGGCAAGACGCUGUGUACACUCGCUCACCUCCAGCCACGCAAGGUCGUGGUGUGGGUAGUGCCGCUUCGUGAGCUUGCCAGAGACUUGUGCCGCCGCUUCGAGCAGGCUGACAUUGUAUCGCAGUGGGCUAAGAAUGAUGGCCGUGACAUGCAAGUCAACGUUCAAGUGAUUGUCAUGACGGUUUGGUUCACACAAUGCUCGUGGACACCAGCUAUCGAGGGAGUCUUGUUCGCUGCCCAAGCCGGCUGGACCAUCUUCACCAAGACCCAUCAGUCAAGGGUGCAACAAGGAACAACAAAGGCAUUUGAGAAGUUUGUGAAACACCAAUACGACAUGUUGGAGCGAGAGGGCCGCGUGGAUCGCAUGCUGAUUUUUUGUGACACGAAGAAGCAGGUUGAGGCAUUGUCGACUCAGUUGGCACGCACGUUGGGUCACGAGCAGUCGCUGGCCGUGGAUGCUGACCUGUCAGCCGAAGACACACGAGCCGCUCUUGAGCAGUGGAGGAGCGGCACGCAGAGUCUGGUCUUGGUGGCCACAAGCUGCUUGGGCGCGGGCUUGGACAUGCCCAACGUCCGGAAGGUGAUCUGGUUUGGCAGCGGCUACAACGGCUACACCUUGUCGCAGGCCUUUGGCCGGGCUGGCCGCGACCGACGGGGUGGCGAGGCCACGCUAUGGAUACCACCAGGCACAACGAUUUCGGAAGAUCUGCAGCCAUUUGCAAGCAUGAAGCGCUGCCUGACCUUUGAGCUUGGUUGGCUGCUGGAUGGUGAGGGCCACAUUUGUGCGGCCGCAGGAGCGCCGGCUUGCACCGUCUGCUCCAUGAUGCAACCGACCAUCACAGCGCGCCAUCCAAGCCGUGAAGCACAUGGGGCGCCAGUAUCACACGAGGGCCAGACGCGGGCCAAACGAGCGCAGUUGAUGGUACCAUCGGCGCCAAUUCAGUCAGAUGACUUUAACACGGCUCUGCUAUGGAACCUACUGCUGGGCCUGCAGCUGCAGCAGAGACCGCUUGGUUGCUCACCACCAGCCUUCUAG